AUGCUUAGCAAAAUCGUUGGUGGGAAUUUCUUUGUCGAUGUCUUGGCCACGAUGGAACAGAGCAGACAACUUGUUGAUAACCCACCCCUGGGUGUAGUCGAUGUACAAUGUCUCGACAAGAAGACAGUUCGCCUGUCGUACGAGCCAACAACUAUUGGUGCUCGAGACCUGAUGGAACAGGUACAAGACAGGUGCAAUGGUCUGGCUGAGCCUCGUGGCGACCCUCAACUUGAGAGUAGUCGCCGUCGUCUCUGGGAUCAACUUACAAAGACCCUUCUGGCAGCUGCUCUCACUAUCCCAGUCGCGGUCGUAUCAUGGAGUGAAGGCCUCGUGGACAAGAAGACCGAGAGCAUCAUUUCGUUGAUACUUGGUACACUUGUCCAAGCCAUCGCUAUUCCUGAAUUCUAUCGCCCAGCACUCUCUGCCCUGUGGUACAGUCGAACAAUCGAAAUGGACAUGCUUGUUGUCAUCAGUAUAACGGCUGCUUAUGUCUACUCUGUCGUUGCGUUUAGCUUUGAGAUGGCGGGAAGCCCACUCGAUGAAGGCCAAUUCUUCGAGACCAGCACCAUGCUCAUCACCCUGAUCCUCCUUGGCCGACUUUUAGCUGCCUUUGCACGAGUGCAAGCUGUUUCUGCUGUAUCGCUUCGAUCAAAGCAGAACAAUAUAGCUGUGCUUGUUGAGAGGGAAAGUGACCGCGAGAUCGACGCUCGGCUUCUUCAAUACGGCGAUGUUUUCAAAGUCCUGCCUCAUUGUCGUGUUCCUACUGAUGGUAAUGUCAUGUCUGGCAAAACCGAAGUGGACGAGUCAAUGUUGACAGGGGAGACACUACCCAUUGUGAAACAAAAGGGCAGUAGCCUUAUCGCCGGCACUGUCAAUGGUGACGGUACUGUCGUUGUUCAGUUGACGCGCCUUCCCGGCAAGAACACAGUCACCGACAUUGCGCAGCUCGUGGAGGAAGCUGCGAACUCGAAGCCAGAGAUUCAAGAUCUGGCUAACAAGGUUGCUAGUUGGUUUGUACCCGCCAUGGGUACAGUUGCUAUUCUUGUCCUUGUGAUCUGGAUUGUAUGCGGGAUUGAAAUUCUCAAUUACAGUGGUGGUACGAGUGUUGGCAAUGCCAUCACAUAUACCGUGGCCACUCUCGCAGUUGCUUGUCCUUGUGCUCUUGGUCUCGCUGUGCCUAUGGUUCUUGUUGUCGCUGGUGGCAUAGCCGCUCGAGGUGGCGUUAUCAUCAAGUCUGCUGAUAUCACCGAAGGAGCGCGCAAGACUACUGAUGUUGUUUUCGAUAAGACUGGCACAAUCACCGAAGCUGAGCUUGUAGUGAAUGAGAGACUGAAUUUGAAUGGGGACUUAUCAGAUAAUCUUGCUUUAGCAAAGGCUCUGGUUUCUGGAGGUAAACAUCCCGUCUCUGCCGCCGUCGAUAAUUAUCUGGGGCUACAGAGUGUCAAGAGCAUGUCAGAGGUGCUCAACAUUCAUGUUGUCCCUGGCGCCGGAGUUGAGGCCGAAUAUCUGGAUUCGACUGUCAGAGCUGGUAACUCUCGCUGGACUCAAGCUGGCCAACUGGAAGAAGUGUCCCGACUCGAACACAGCGGUCUCACUACACUUGUCAUCACACGAGAUGGUGUUCCACUCAUUGUCUUCGGUCUUUCGGCUCAAAUCCGCCCAGAAGCUGCACGAGUCAUCUCUGAGCUCAAGUCUCGGAACAUCAACGUUCAUCUUGUUUCAGGUGACCAGAUCAAAGCUGUUCAGGCUGUUGCUGCCUCUGUUGGGAUAUCAGCUGACAAGGUUGUUGGCGAGCGCACCCCGCCAGAGAAGAGAGAUUAUGUCGCUGCUUUGAUGGGUCAGGGAAAGCGAGUUCUCUUCUGUGGUGACGGAACCAAUGAUGCCAUCGCCAUUGCCCAAGCCGAUUACGGUGUUCAGAUGGGUGGGGGUUUAACAAGCAGUGACGUGACCCAAGACGCAGCAGCUGUCGUCCUUUUGAACGGUCUAGAAGGUAUCCCAUUCUUACUCGACAUCAGUAAAGUCUCGUUCCAACGCAUGUACUUUAACUUCGUCUGGUCUGCUGUCUACAAUUUGUUGGCAAUAACAAUGGCAAGCGGUGCUUGGGUUGAGUUUCGGAUUCCUCCUCGAUAUGCUGGCUUGGGAGAGAUGGUUAGUGUUGUUCCUGUAAUCUUUGCUGCAAACACUAUGUUUUUUGCGAGAUACUUCAAGUUGAGGGAUUAG